CAGUGUCCGUCGCGCCUCGCCGGGCUCUGCACGCCUGAGCUGCGGCUCCCAGGUGCUGGCACCCUUGCAGCGCCGAACGGCCGGUCGCCACCUCCCGACAGUCUGGGACGGUCCGGUUGUACCCAGCAGAGGCAGGGAGGAAGAACGCGGAGGGGGUGUCGCUGACCCCUGUGCUUUCUGCAGCUGAUGUUCGUUUCCGGCUUGGGGCAGUCUGUGCUCCUGCCGCGCCCGGGCAGUUUGCGCACCUUCUUAAGUCUGCGGUUGCUUCUUUCCCUUGCUCUUCCGCUGGUUCAAAGUCUCUGCGGCUCUGGGGCUUUGCGGUGGGAGAGAGGAGAGGACAGUGUGGCGCUCUGGGGAGUUUAGAGCUGUUUCUUCUGAAGUCCCAGGCUCCGCUGUGACUGCACUUUGAGCUGUGUUUCGGGUCUUUGUCUUCUUUGGGAAAGCUGGACGGCAGUUCAGUAGGCCCUGUCUCUGGCCAGGACCGCGCGCCGGGGACCAUGGAGUUCACGGCGUCGCCCAAGCCCCAGCUGUCCUCCCGGGCCAACGCUUUCUCCAUCGCUGCGCUCAUGUCGAGUGGCGGCUCCAAGGAGAAGGAGGCGGCAGAGAACACCAUCAAACCCCUGGAGCAAUUUGUAGAGAAGUCGUCCUGCUCCCAACCUCUGGGGGAGCUGACCAGCCUGGAUGCUCAUGGGGAGUUCGGUGGAGGCAGUAGCAGCCCAUCCUCCUCCUCUCUCUGCACUGAACCGCUAAUCCCAACCACCCCCAUCAUCCCCAGCGAGGAAAUGGCCAAAAUUGCCUGCAGCCUGGAGACCAAGGAGCUCUGGGACAAAUUCCACGAGCUGGGCACGGAAAUGAUCAUCACCAAGUCGGGCAGGAGGAUGUUUCCAACCAUCCGGGUGUCGUUUUCGGGUGUGGAUCCUGAAGCCAAGUACAUAGUCCUGAUGGACAUUGUCCCGGUGGACAACAAGAGAUAUCGCUACGCCUACCACCGGUCCUCCUGGCUGGUGGCGGGCAAGGCCGACCCGCCGCUGCCAGCCAGGCUCUAUGUGCACCCAGACUCUCCCUUUACUGGCGAGCAGCUACUCAAACAGAUGGUGUCUUUUGAAAAGGUGAAACUCACCAACAAUGAACUGGAUCAACAUGGCCAUAUCAUUUUGAAUUCAAUGCAUAAGUACCAGCCACGGGUACAUAUCAUUAAGAAGAAAGACCACACGGCCUCGUUGCUCAACCUGAAGUCCGAAGAAUUCAGAACGUUCAUCUUUCCUGAGACAGUUUUUACAGCAGUCACAGCCUACCAGAAUCAACUGAUAACCAAGCUGAAAAUAGAUAGCAAUCCCUUUGCCAAAGGAUUCCGGGACUCCUCCAGGCUCACUGACAUUGAGAGGGAAAGUGUGGAGAGCCUGAUCCAGAAGCAUUCCUAUGCCCGCUCACCCAUCCGUACCUAUGGAGAAGAGGAUGUCCUGGGGGAUGAGACUCAGACAACCCAAAAUCGAGGGUCAGCCUUUACAACAUCUGACAAUUUGUCUCUCAGCUCCUGGGUAUCAUCUUCUUCCAGUUUUCCUGGAUUUCAGCACCCACAGUCUCUGACUGCUCUUGGCACCAGCACAGCAUCCAUAGCGACACCCAUUCCUCACCCCAUACAGGGUUCUCUGCCACCAUAUAGCCGGUUGGGGAUGCCUCUGACCCCAUCAGCCAUUGCCAGCUCCAUGCAAGGGAGUGGUCCAACGUUCCCUUCAUUCCACAUGCCACGGUAUCAUCACUACUUUCAACAGGGGCCCUAUGCUGCCAUCCAGGGACUACGCCACUCCUCUGCUGUGAUGACACCAUUUGUAUGACUCUUCUAGAAAGGGGAGAAGUUAGAUCCAGAAUGCGCAAAUGAGUAUGGAAAUAUAGGCAGGGUUGGGUGGGUGGGAUGGGGAGUACUGGAGCAGGGGCUCUCCAAGACACAUGGGACCUAUUAAAGAGGAGAGCUGGACUCACAAUAAAACCUACUGCUAAGGGAAUGCACCAUGGACCAGGAUUCAUCUGUAGUUGGGAGAAUAUCUCUUAGGGAAGCUAAGUUGGGAACCUCUCUUAGGUUCAGGAGAGAAUCAAAAUAAAGUUCUUAGCCAGCCUAAAUCUUGCAACUAAUAAGACAUCAAUUUACCCAGAAAGCUUAAUAAUAUAAGGCAGAUGAAUGUUAAGGUGCUUUAUUCCUUAGUUAAAAAUGCUGUGUCAAUGCAGUAAUGUAUAAAAUCAGUGUGUAUAGGUUUUCUUUCUGCUUUCCACAAGUAAAAAAAGAUUCUUCAAAGAGGCAAUACUAUUUAUAGCAUACUGACCAUAUGAUUAACUUAAGUCAGUUUCUCCCUGUAGAAAGUGGGAGCCAAUAGAGAAAUAUUUGUAGUGCUGUAGCUUAAGCAUGUUUAGUUUUCCUUUGUAUUAGUUUGCUGGGGAAGGAGCUGAGAUAAUGCUAAUGCAUCCUGUUGUGUGGAUGAAUAUGUAGUAAGCCUUCAUCACGCUUUUUUUGCAAUAUUGAAGGGCCAGUACUUGACAAAGCUCAGUCUUUGGUCUUCUUUCUUCCUAGUUCUCUUUCUUGCAACUACUUGCUGGUUAUAGGAAAAAUCAUCCAUAUACAGUUUUGAAGCAAGGGGCUCUCUAGAUUAAGGACUGAUUUUUGGGGGGCUGCAUUCUAAAUAUACUACUGACUUAUCACUGAGGAACACUCCAAAGCCUAUGCAUGAUGAUAUGUAAGGCUUUAUUUCACUUAUAGCUGCAAUAAAAAGAUGGUUAUUCAAUUCUGAAAGGAAUUUUUCUACCAAGCCAAAGGUCCCUUCAUUUUCACUUCAGCUUUUGGGAGACUUUAUGGAUGUUAAAAUGCAUUGGGCCAUAUUCUUAUUUUUGAUAAAUCUGCUUUGUUGCUGCUGCCACUGAUUGACAGGGAUUUGAGAAUGACCAUUCUAAAUGCUUGGGUAGCCAUGAUUUAGUGUGCUCACAUGUAGUAAUGUGCCCAUGUAUUUGACUUAUCAUUCUCCCUUGCUGUGUUACAUCUGGAGACUCUUUUACCAUUUUCUCAGUCUCUAAUAUGAAAUUGCAUAUAAACUCAAUGACUCACUAAAACAUUGGCAGUUUUUAUAAGUCAAUUAGAGCUUCAUCCACUUUUUUACAACUUUUGCUAUCUUCUUAAGCCUUCCUUUAAUGUGUAUAAUUAGUUAUAUUUUAUAUAUUUUAAUUCUAUAUAAUCUAUGUUAUUUUUGAGCAUCAUAUAUCUUAGCAUUUAUGGUCUGGGUAAUCACAUUUGGUAUUUUGCAACUGCUCAUUUUCCUAAUAAUAGAGAUUUAAUGAAAUUAAUACUCUUUCAACUCCAGAUAUAAUGCAUUCCAGCUACAGGAUGUAAACUGUCUUCUUAGUAAAUUUCCCCAAAACUCUAAUUUAAUAUCUAUAUAUGAUUUUAAUUCUACUCUGUUCUUACUGCAGAAGUAUUGAAUCUGUUAUAAGAGGUGGAAAAUAUUGCUACUGACAGUAGAAGUGUAUUUGGGGGUAAAUGCAAUAUACUUAUCACAUUAGACUUCCGUAGAUUUUAUUUGGUUGUUUAAUGUUAGACUUCUCCACAUCAAAUGCCUUUCUUGGGCACAUCCAGUCCAUGAAACAAGGCAUCUUGGCAUGGUCUGACUAAGAUGCCAGUUUUGGACUUUGCACUUGCCAUUUUUCAUCGAAUCCUCAAGUUUACUUACAAAGGAGCAUGAACUCUGUUAACAAAGCAUUUCAAAGCCCUAUGGCAAAUAUUGUAGGCUAAUUUCUAACUUCUUGCAUGUUAUGCUUUAGUAGCCUUAGGUAGUUUGUUCUCAAACAGAGUACAGAGGUACAUUUCUUUAACAAAGCAGUUAUGACUAAUGUUUAGACUAAAUAUUCAUAGAGCUGGGAUAGGGGCUUAAAUGUUGAAUAGUUGGCCUGUUGCCAGUAUUCCUCUGAAUACAGAAUACUGUUGCCUAAAACAGGAAUAACAAAAGAUGCUAGCUAUUUCACACUGAUGAUACUCAAUACCAUGAUAAAUUACUGGUCUACUUAAGCGAAUCUGUGUCUGAAUUUCCUUUUCAAAGAGAAUGAGAGGAUUAUUUACUAUUUGACUCCCAGUAUGUGUGCCUCAAAGUAGGCUUAUGUGUUUUUUGUAAGGUAUAGUUGUGUAUCGUUAUUUCCUGACUUCAAAACUUUGUUUUGUAAUUAAGCAAUAUGAGAUUAAAACUAGGUAGAGUGCUUAGAGAAAAGCAAAGUAUGCUCUGGAAAAAUGAUACCUGAAAUUCCACAUGGGAUAUAUUUUUUAAGCAUUGGUAUUACCUGAACUGGAGAGAAAAAGCACAAGAGAAACGGAGUGCAAGCAAAUCAGUCACUCUAGUCAUGGGAACUGAGGGGUAGACAUUUACCCCACCUGUGGCAUUGCAAGUAAUUAUGGUUGUCAAUUCUUAUUAACCCCUGGGGAGCUUAGUAUUUAAAAUUCCAAAUCUAUUCUACCUAAAAUGAUUGCAAGAACUAUAUACUUAAUGGGAAAGCCAAUCAAAUAAUAACAACCAGUAGUUAUAUUUGUAAUAAAUUCAGGUUUUCCCUCUAUAUUACAGUAUCGAAAAGCACAGCUAAUGUGCAGUGCUGCUAAAAAGAGUUCCUGCCUGUCAGACUAGAUUGAUGGAACUGUAAGGAAUUAGUUUAUAACUUAGUUGGUUCUGCAUUUGGGAUUUGUUUUAACAUCUGUCAGUAAUUCUAAGUUCAAUUACUCUUUCUACUUAUUUAGUAAAUCUUGCCCCCUCCUCUGCCUACCUUUAGCAGUACAAGCAAUAAAUCUAUCCAGCUUGUGUCUAACAUAUCACAAAUUAUUAGGUAACAAGGUCUAGAUUAAUGAUUUUGUAUUGCAUUGCUGGUCCCUUUGAGUUUAUAACAAUGGUAUUUUGUCUGGAGGGCCAAUCACCAUUUCUGUUAGGUGGGCACAGAGUAGGUGAUAUUAUCCUGCUUCCUGAUAGUGACUCAUUAUCUAGCAAGUGCCCUUGUGUAGGGCUAUGCUGCAGGAGGUACUGACUUCUGGGAUGUUCCAAGAUCUCCCCUCUUCCACCCUUAUCCACACCUCUGUCAUUUUGUUUCUAUAGCCACAGCCACCCCCCAAACAAAAGGAAAAGGAAACCCUCUAAAAGCCCAGGAAAUAUUCUUAGAACUGAAGUGUCUUCAUCUCAUAUUGCUUAUGAAUUUUUCAGAAAGUUGUUAGGAUACUUAGCCCAUUUCUAUGUUUCACAUUUGCUUUUCAUACAAAAAUGAAAUUUUUGCUUAUAUAAAGCUGGAUUAUACUGAGACGGAUCACCUUCAAAUAAAGUGAAUGAAAUGACUUUAAACUUCAUUAAAUAUACAGACAAGGUUAGCCAUACUUAGUAACUAAAGCUUCAAAAAUCCAGUGAUGCAAUGUGCAGGGUAACAUCACAAGAAAACUAAUAUUUUAUUCAAUCUUCCACUGACUAAAUAAAGAAAAUUGUUUUCUUUAUGAAAUGGGUAGGGAAUUAAUAAUUACUAAACCAACAAAAUAGCCUAAAUCUAGACAAAGCACUAAGCAGAAGAUUUCAGCUUGCCCCUCUAGCGAGUUGUACCUGAAAGGAGUUUUAUAUAAAUUUUUAUAUUAGAAUAAAAGAAUUUUUUUUCUGUAAACAAGCAAAGGUUACAAAAUCUUAAAACUUUAGAAAAUCAUAAAACUUUUCCCUCAUUACCUCCUCAUCCAUUCCAUUUAUAAAAUAUCCUAAUUCUUAUCUUUCUUCAGCAUGCUUAAAUAUUGAAAGAUUCAUUUAUAAAUAUUUGAUGGACAGGCAAUCCAUAAGUAUUUUCCAGCCUUCUUUCUGUUCCUCUCUUGAAUAAUUUCAGUCCCUGCCUCUUUUUAAACAAAGUAUAAGAUAAUAACAUUUCAUUGUUUCAAGUAAUAAGUAAAUAACAUUUUUGUGAAUUCAUAUAUCUGGACAAAAAAUACAAUUUCUUGUAUUUUACUUCUGGCACAUUAACAUACAGUAUUUAGUUGUUGUUUUUUUAAUUUCCAAAACCUAAAAAAACUUAUUUUAUUUCCUAAAGGGUGAAAUUAGAUAUGCCUCUUUAGUAGACUAUCACAGUUUCAUGGUUUGCCGUGUCUUCAUUUGCUUACUGAACUGUGUGAGAACCAUCACUGUAAUGAAGUGUGUGGGUGGGGGGUGGGGGGAAGGGCUUGGGAAAUGUUUUAUGGAAAAAAGGAAGUUAUAAGCAUAAUACUAUGAAAUAACAUCUAAUGAAGUUCUUUUUAAGUGCAAUAUAUUUAUUUCUGCUAGAAAUGUAUUAUCAACCUUAUGUAAUAUUUGAAGCAGUACAUGUUAUUUGUAAACAGCUUAAAAUUAUAUAUUACCCCAAAUUGUACAGAAGUACAAAUGUGUGGAUAUCAGUUUCUUUCAUUAAAAAUGGUGUGGUUUUGAUAUAUAUGUACACAUUUACACCUUU